CAUUCAUUCCACUUCUUUUUUUUAUAGAAAGACGUCCAAACCUUGUCGCAAACGGCUCGAUCAAGUGCAGCUCGACGAAGUUUAAACGCAUCUACAUCUCCAGUACUUGCUCCACGAUGCCGCAGUCCAAGUCGUGGUGGAGGCGUUGGAGGCAGUGUCCCAUUAACCACGAGAACCACAGCACCCAUUGGAGUGCCGUUGAGAUCGUAUUCAUCACGAGCUGGAAGUUCGCUAAUGGCGCCGCAACACGACAAUCGUCGAUGGUCCCUGGCAUCGUUGCCAUCAACUAGCGGUUAUGGCACCCCAGGGAGCAAUUCGGCGUUUUCGAGCCAAUAUUCAUCAUCCGAGCAUUUAUCCGAGAUGUUGGAGUGUAUGCGAGUUGGUGCAGCCCGUUUCGACAGCAAUGACAGCUGCCCAUCUGCAGAAGAUGCGAUGAAUAUGAGCUUUAGACCAAGGAGUAGGAGCUUGACCAGCCCCAUCAAGCUGAACUCCGAGUUUUCCUUGGAUGUCGUGAAUCGCAAUAAUGUCUAUAAAGAACGAUUUCCAAAGGCUAAAGUGCAAAUGGAAGAGAAACUGGCCGCAUUUGUGGCUGAACACGCUCCCCUCAGUGGCGGCUCCUCAUCUGCUGAUGCUGACUCUGGCAUGGAUACAGCGGGCAAUCGUCGUUCUAUGGUGACUCUUAUUAACUUACAGUCUUUUGCUCCGCCGAACUUAGGAGCAUUUGCAAAUGGUCUAUGCAAUUAA